AUGAAGCCUAAGAGAAAACUAUCUCAUAGCUAUACAGUCGAUGAUUUCUUUGGAAUGCAUGAUGAUAGACUGACUAACGAUGCUAAGGUGCAAGUCAAGAAGUUGAAACAAUUCUCAGGAAAGGAGCUCAAGAAAUCAUUUAACCUUUUCAACCCCUCAGAAUGGAUAUUUUUAUUGCUUGUGGGACUAUCAACUGCUAUUAUUUGCUUUGCAAUAGAUUAUGCAGCUUUUCUGGUUCAAGCAUUGAAAAGUUACUUGAUAGAGGAUGUAUUUCAAGGAGAGUUUAUUCUAGGCUAUUUUGUAUGGAUUCUCUUUGCACUUGUAUUCUCUACAAUAGCUGCCUCAGCAGGAUAUUUUAAUCAGCAUGCUGAAGGAUCUGGGAUACCUGAAUUAAAAUCAAUAUUGGCUGGAGUGUAUAUUUACAAAUAUUUAUCAUUCAAAACGCUUUUAAGCAAGAUUCUUGGCAUUUUUGGUGCAUUAGCAACAGGGUUUUCUAUUGGCAAAGAAGGCCCCUAUGUACAUCUCGCAGCUUGCAUAUCUAACAGAAUGAGCAAAUUUCAUUUCUUUAAGAAAAUUGGAAGCGACAACAUACUUAAACGCCAGAUGUUAGCUGCAUCAGUAGCAGCUGGAGUUACUGCAACAUUUGUAGCUCCUAUUGGAGGAGUGCUGUUUAGUAUUGAAGUAACUACAACAUAUUACUUAGUCAAUGAUAUGUGGAAAGCAUUUUUCUGAGCUGGGUGAACAAUUAUUGGGUUGAAAUUUUUAUCUCUCAUACACUCAUCUGUAAUAUUUGAGCCUACUAAUUUGAUCCUCCUUGAUUUUGAUUCACAAUAUAUAGCUUAUGUGAUUCUUGCUGUGAUAUGUGGAGCUUUAGGUGCGCUGUUUAUUAGCUUGAUAAAUAACCUCAUCUUUUCAGGACAAAGCUCAAGCUCCCAUUUUUCUCAAACAGAUGGAUGAUCUGUACUUCAGUUGCUCUAUUAAUUGG